AUGAAACUAGUGCUGUUAUUAGCAGGAGUGUCUGCGGUGCUGUGCACCGUGCCAAGGGCCCCAUCACUAAGGUACACUGUCAAUGAACACGAAGAUGGAGGGCUGUUAGUUGAAGCUGUUGGACCUUCCGGACAACAGUUCAGAGCCCACCUCGGUCGCAAGGCUUCUGCUGAUGACAGCGAAGUAGUCUUCAACCACGAUUACAGCUACGAUGAAGCAAGUGGUGGAUACAAACUGUCCGUUCACUGGGACGGGCCUAGUGACCGGGUGUUUGAAGAUUGUAUUGACUUUGGUGACAAGCAGUGGUUUGCGGGCCCAGAGCAAAAGGAACAAUACUGGCCCGUCCAGAAAUCAAAUCUGCAAAAGUACUCAAUCAUUUCAAAAGAAUUGGAUAACGCAGCUAUUAGUGAACGGUACUGGCUCAACUCUGCCGGUGAAUACAUCUACGUAGCACCAGAAGUUCCUCUCUUCGCUGACUACCACAAUGCUUUGAACAAUCAUUUGUGUCUUAUUGCUGAAGUUGAAGACCCCUACUCCAAGAAACGUACUCACAAUAACCUUAAAUAUGAAAUUUGGUUCUUUGACAAUGCAAAAACAGCGCACCAACAUGCUGUUGACAAUUAUUUGGGCAAGCCCAGUGGUAUUCCCGACUACAGAAUGAUCCAGUAUCCAAUCUGGUCAACUUGGGCGAGAUAUUCAAGAGGAAUCACUGAAGAGAGCCUUUGGGCAUUCGCCAACGAAAUUAAAGACAGCGGCUAUCCCAAUGCUCAGUUUGAAAUUGAUGAUCUUUGGGAAAUUUGUUACGGAUCUUUGACCGUAUCCCAAGAGAAACUGCCAAACCUCAAGCAGUUGAUCCAGGACAUUAAGGGGCUAGGAUUCAGGGUGACCAUUUGGGUUCAUCCUUUUAUCAAUAAGGACUGUAAUCCUUGGUAUUCUGAAGCUUUGGAAAAAGGCUACCUGGUUCUGAAUGAGGAAGGCAGCCCAGACUCUUCCUGGUGGAACAACAACGGAUCUGUUCCCGGUUACAUCGAUUUCACCAAGCCAGAAGCAGCCACCUGGUAUACUGACAGAGUACGCAACCUCAUGGAGGAAUAUGACAUCGACUCCAUUAAAUUCGACGCUGGAGAGUCAAGCUGGUCCCCCCAGAUCCCAGUGCAGGAAGGCUUCGACAUUGACCUCCACCCCGGUCACAUCGUACAAUCUUUCGUCAGAGCAGUCGCCGAGUUUGGACCUAUGAUUGAAAUUAGAGCUGGAAUGAGGACUCAAGAUCUCCCAGUACUCGUACGAAUGGUUGACAAAGACACCUACUGGGGCUUCAACAACGGCUUGACCACCCUUGUGACUACUCUGCUCUCCAUGAACCUGAACGGCUACACUUUGGUGCUUCCUGACAUGAUCGGAGGCAAUGGAUACAACGAAUCGCCAAGCAAGGAGUUAUUCAUCAGGUGGCUCCAAGCUAAUGUUUUCAUGCCAACGCUUCAGUACUCCUUCGUGCCGUGGGAUCAUGAUGAUGAGACAGUAGAAAUCUGCCUCCGCUACACAGAGCUCCACGCCGAGUACGCUCCGGAGAUCCAGGCCGCGAUGGAAGCCAGUGUUGCCCGCGGCACACCCGUGAACCCCCCGAUCUGGUGGGUCGACCCUCUCGACGAAGUCGCCUUGGCCGUUGAUGAUGAAUUCCUUUUGGGAGAGAAAGUGUUGGCUGCCCCAGUGAUGGUAGAAGGUGCAGUGGCUCGUGACAUCUACCUGCCCCGCGGUAACUGGCGCGAUGGCAAGACUGGAGAACUGGUCCAGGGUCCAGUCUGGCUAAGGGAUUACCCAGCGCCCUUGGAUACACUGCCAUACUUCGUGUUGGAAGAUUGA